UAGGCGAGCGAGCGUGCGUUGCCGCAUUUUGACGCGAAAGUGAACUUGAAUAUCUCGUACUGUGAGAGUAUUUCCCGUUUGCAGUGUGCGUGUGUGUGUGUGUGUGUUUGUGUGUGCUCGCUCUGCAAGCGGUGGUGCCAGCCUCAAACGCGGACACCUAUUAGCACGUCGGCGAAAUAGAUCAUAAUGCAAGCUCCCAUCUAGCCCUCUUCAUUCGUGUUUUCACCGACUUUUACUUGAAGAACAUUUAGGGUGAUCGAGCUGGUAGUUUCUAGCAAAAUGGCAAUCACGAGAUUGUGUAUGGUGUGGUUUUGUUACGUGGUUGUACUCAGUUUGCUGACUCACCGAAAAUCAAGCGUCGAAGGCACCGAAAAUAUGCACGAUCUGACAUUGGUAUCGUUAGGCCUGUCCAAGCACACCAUGCAGCUGCAGCCGUCGGAGUCGGCGUUUCUCAGGGGUAAGAGAGAAGCUGGGUUCUCGCUGGAAGACAUCCUACGCGCGGACGCCGUGCGACAGGAUCACGUGCGCGACAGACGACAGGUUGUCGACGACUGCUCAUCAUGUAUCGAGCCACCAAUAGCCAUGUGUGAAAGCACGACACGUACAAAGUUUCCAACACAUCUCGAAGACAUAUUUGGAAGCACCCAAAGAAUACUGAAUAUACCUGGUAUCUUUGAACAACCAGUCGUGCAAACAAUCUGUCAGUCGAGCAGCUGCAACCUCGUGCACGGAAACUGCACGCAGGAGUACAGGGAGCAGAGUCUGAUCAUCAUCCUGCCGCCUAGCGACAAGUGCGUGCUCAGUACGUUCCUCAUCCCGACCGGCUGCGCUUGCCGAGCGACCAUCUUCCCGCCAACGUAACGCGUGUCUAGUCGUGACAGCCAGCGGCCCCGCGUGCGUGCAGCGUGCGUGCGUGCAGCGUGUGUGCGUGUUCAGCGUGCGUGCGGGCAGCGUGUGUGCGUGCA